AUGUCCUCCAGCGCAACACGCCUCAAGGAUGAGGGAUCUAAGCUCCAGGUCGUCAUGGCCGGUGCGACAGCCGGCCUCGUCUCACGCUUCGUCAUCGCGCCCCUAGACGUCGUCAAGAUCCGACUCCAGCUGCAAUCCCACUCCCUCUCCGACCCCCUCUCCCACCCCGCCGCCCAGGGUGGGCCCAUCUACAAGGGCACGCUCUCGACGCUCCGCCACAUCCUCCGCAGCGAGGGGCUGCCGGGCCUCUGGAAAGGCAACGUACCCGCCGAGCUCAUGUACCUCUGCUACGGCGGCAUCCAGUUCACAGCCUACCGCGCGGUGACGCAGCUGCUGCGCGGCGGCGCCCACGGCGGCACAGAGGACGACCGGCGCCUGCCGCACGCCGUCGAGUCCUUCGUCGCCGGUGCCGCCGCCGGCGCCGCCGCCACGACGGCCACGUACCCGCUCGACCUGCUGCGCACGCGCUUCGCCGCCCAGGGCAACGACCGCGUCUACGCCUCGCUGCGGGGCGCCAUCGCCGAGAUUUACCGCGACGAGGGCCCGCGCGGCUUCUUCCGCGGCCUCGGCCCCGGCGUCGCCCAGAUCGUGCCGUACAUGGGCAUGUUCUUUGCCGCCUACGAGGGCUUCCGCCUGCACCUCGGCGCGCUCGAGCUGCCGUGGGGCGGCGGCGACGCGACGGCCGGUGUCAUGGCGAGCGUCAUGGCCAAGACGGCCGUGUUCCCGCUCGACCUCGUGCGCAAGCGCAUCCAGGUGCAGGGCCCGACGCGGGCGCGCUACGUCCACAAGAACAUCCCCGAGUACCAGGGCGCUUUGGGGGCGCUCCGGACGAUCCUCAAGGUCGAGGGCGUCAGGGGCAUGUACCGUGGUCUCGUCGUCAGUCUCGUCAAGGCGGCGCCGGGGAGUGCUGUGACGGUGUGGACGUAUGAGAGGAUGCUCAACUGGCUGAUCCGCAUGGACGGUCCUGGGUCGGACGAAGGGCGGGUGUGA